AUGGUGGAUCUUCCAGGAUAUAAUCUGUUGGGUAUGAUUGCCUCCUUCUUACUCAUCCUGCUGACAAUGAAGAAAUCAGAUGACUUUAGAGUGAUUGGUCCUGCAUAUCCUAUCCUGGCCAGGGUUGGGGAAGAUGCCUUAUUAACCUGUCAGCUCUUCCCCAAGAGGACUGCAAUGCACAUGGAGGUGAGAUGGUACCGCUCAGAGCCUGGCACACCUGUGAUUGCACACUGGGAUGGAGUUGAGGUCACCCAGAUGCAGGUGGAGGAGUACAGAGACCGGAUAGAGUGGAUAGAUGACAACAUUGCCAAGGGAAAUGUGACUCUGAAGAUAUACAACAUCCAACCAUCUGAUAAUGGGCAGUACUGGUGCCAUUUCCAGGAGGGGAACUAUCAUGGAGAGACAAGCUUGCUGCUCAAAGUAGCAAAUGUGGGGUCUGCCCCUAACAUCCACAUGGAAGGACCCAGGGAAGGUGAGGUCCAGCUUCUGUGCACUGCAAAGGGCUGGUUCCCAGAGCCCCAGGUCUAUUGGGAAGACAUCACAGGACAGAGGUUGCUGACUCUCUCUGAGCAUCAUAUCCAAGAUGAAGAGGGCCUGUUCUACGUGGAAGACACCCUUGUGAUGAGGAAUAUGUCUGUAGAAACUGUGUCUUGCUUCAUCUACAACCCUGUCCUCACAGAGGUCAAGGGGGCAGUCAUUGCCCUCCCAGAGAAACUCCAGAGCGAGCUGGCAUCUUUAAAAGUGAUUGGACCUUCUGAGCCCAUCAUUGUCAGAGUGGGAGAAGACAUACAAUUGACCUGUUCCCUGUUCCCCAAGGCUAAUGCACAGAGCAUGGAGGUGAGGUGGGUCCAAGCCCACCAUUAUCCUGCAGUUUAUGUGUAUAUGAAUGGGGACCAUGUGGCUCGAGAACAGAUGGUAGACUACAGAGGGAGGACUACACUGGUGAGUGAUGCCAUCCACGAGGGGAGACUGACCCUGCAGAUACACAAUGCCACAGCUUCAGAUGAUGGGCAGUACCAGUGCCUUUUUGAAAAAAAUGGUGUCUACCAGAAGGCCAGUUUGGAUCUGAAGGUGGUAGCUGUGGGUUCUUCCCCGAGGAUCACCAUGGAGGUGCUGACAGAUGGAGAGGUACAGCUGAUGUGCACUGCAAGUGGGUGGUUCCCACCACCCCACAUGCAAUGGAGGGACAUGGAAGGAAAGACAAUACCAUCAGCUUCUGAGAUCCUGCAUUCAGACAGCCAUGGGUUGUUCCAUGUGGAGACAUUGCUACUGAUCACUAACAGCUCCUUGGCAAAUGUGACUUGUUCCAUAAGCAACCUCCCUCUGGGUGAGGAGAAAACAUCGGCUUUUACUCUCUCAGAGUCCAGGAUGGCAUUUUCAUGGGCAAUACUACCUGUUUUGGGAUUGCUUCUUGCCAUGGCCAUAGGCAUAAUCUGCAGGAAGAACUAA